UUAUUUAAGUAUUGUAAGAAGAGUUGACAAGUGUUUACAUAAUGAGUUCGGUAAGGCUGAAACAGCAUGCUAUCAGUCAUUUUUUUCAGACUAAAAAAGCCCGCUCUGAAGCUCCAGUAACCACCCAUACCACAGCAACUAAUGGACCCAUAGUUAAGAAUGCCAGUAUCUCUAAAUUUUCCUUUAACAGGGACAAUGAUAAGUCAGUUGGUAUACGAGAUAGUGUGAAGAAAACAGACAGGACUGGAAGUGUCAAACGGAAACUGCCUAUAAAGUCAGAGCCUGUAGUUAAGAAGAAACGUACAACCUUCACACCAUUAGAGAAGCAAAUCAUAGAAUUCAAACAGAGUCAUAAGGACAAACUUUUACUAUUUCAAGUAGGGUAUAAAUAUAAGGCCUUUGGAUCAGAUGCAGCCAAAGUCUCCCAAAUUUUGAAUAUCAUGUAUAUCCAAGGAGGUGACGAUGGAUCUAAGGAAGAGUUUUCAUAUUGUUCAUUUCCUGAUAAUAGACUUCAUAUCAAUUUAAAGAGAAUUUUAGAACAUGGUCAUAAAGUAGGAGUCAUCAAACAAGUGGAAUCAGCCAUUGUGAAGUCAAUUGAAAAGUCUAGCAAAUCUGAUUUAAUGAAAAGAGAAGUUACAGGAGUGUAUACUAAGGGAACAUACAUGGAUGAUGAAAUAGUGGCUAGUGGAAGUAAUUUUGGAUUACUGGAACUGACCAAUACAAAUUAUAUUGUAUGUAUUAAUGAAAUGUCUCAUAAUGAGUAUGCGUUAGUGGCGGUUCAACCCUUAACAGGUGAGAUUAUCUAUGAUCAAUUUAAGGAUAUCUUAACCCGUGAACAGCUUGAGACUAGACUAACAUAUUUGAAUCCUAUUGAGAUAAUAGUCAUAAAUUAUACUGAUGAUAUAUCUACCGAUACUAAGAAAGUAUUAAACAUUAUAAAUAAUGAUAUAGCCAUAACUCAUAAGCCUUCUAAACAAGAUCUGGAUAUAGUAGAAAGCUUAUAUGAAUGCUUUGAAUUGUUAGAACAGGGUAAGCAUCAAGAAUUAAGUGACUUUUAUACAGUGACAUUCUCUAAUUCCAUUCAAAAUUGCUUUUAUGAAUUAAUUGUCUACUUGUCGGAAUUCAAAUUAACAUCCAUCUUUACUAUUCCUACGAAUAUAUCGACAUUUUCUGAUUCUCAUAGAUAUAUGGUAUUACCAGCCAAUACUAUAGAAACCUUACAAAUAUUUAAGAAUACUGAUGAAGUAACUGGAAAUCAUGGUACUUUGAUAUGGUUAUUAGAUCAUACACGUACCAAAUUCGGAAGCCGAAUGCUUAGACAAUGGAUAUCUAGACCUUUAGUAGAACCUCAUAAAAUCAGAGAACGUCUGCAUUCUAUUGAGGAUUUAAGAGGCGAGUUCUCCCAUGUGAUAGAUGCAUUAAAGAAUCAAUUGGAUAAACUCGGUAAAACUGUAGAUCUUGAACAUUUACUAAUGAAAGUUCAUUAUUCAUGUUCAAGUGGGAUUAAUAAGAUUACUCGUCGAGAGUUGUACCAAAUGUUGAAUUGUUUCCAUGAUGUGUUAAACAUAGUGAAUCAGUUUGACAGAUCGAUUGAAGAUAUUAAUAAGAAAUUCAAAUCGAAAUUGCUAUUGACAAUAAUUAAUGACUUGCAGGCAAUGUCCAAGGAAAGUACUGUAGAAGAUCUAUUGAAAUUGAUAAAUACGUCUUAUCUUAUGAAUGAGUCUAAAGAUAUUAAUGAACAAAAGAAACAAUUCUUCAAUCCUAACUAUUCACCCUGGAACGGAAUAGAAGAAGAAUUAAAUGAAAUAAAGCAAGUUGAAGAACUUUUGGGUCAAGAAUUGAUAAGAAUUCAAAAACUUCUUAAACGACCUCAAUUACAGUAUAUAACAAAGAACAAUGAACCUUAUCUAAUUGAAGUUAGGAACGGUAAGCAGGUAGAUGAGUUACCUGCAUCUUUUCUUAGAGUCAAUGGAACCACUACAGUUUCAAGAUUCAGAACUGAAGAGACUCAAAGAUUGCUUAAAUUGUUGGAAUAUCAUCAGGAGUUACAUUUGAAUAAGUGUGACGAAGCCUUUAAUGACUUUUUAAGUAUGAUUGAUAAAGAGUACGUCUUUUUCAGGAGGAUAGUCAAUCAUUUAUCAACAUUUGAUUGUUUGCUAUCGCUCACAGCUGCCAGUCUUUUGAAUUCAAAUUAUUGUCAACCAGAAUUAGUCGAUGAACAAGUGAUUGAAGUUAAGAAGGGGAGAAAUCCAAUUAUUGAAAAUUUACCUCAUAUUACCAACUUUGUAGCUAAUGAUAUUAAUAUUAGUUAUAAUAAGGAUAGAGCUCUAAUUAUUACUGGUCCAAAUAUGGGUGGGAAAAGUUCUUAUGUCAAUCAGGUUGCUCUUUUGGUGAUUAUGGCCCAGAUUGGUUGUUAUAUACCUUGUGAUUUCGCUAGAAUAGGAGUGUUUGAUUCCAUAUUUAUUAGAAUGGGAGCUCACGAUAAUAUCUUACGAGGGAACUCCACAUUCAAAACAGAAAUGUUGGAAUGUAGUACUAUAUUAAAUGAAUUAACUUCAAGAUCUUUAGUUAUUCUUGAUGAAAUCGGACGAGGAACAGGUACGAUUGAUGGGAUUGCCUUGGCGUAUUCCAUAUUAAAUUAUUUGGUCGAAUGUAAACAGAAACCUUUAGUAUUAUUCAUUACUCAUUUCCCCAGUCUUCAUGUUCUAGAGGAUAAACAUCCUGAAGUCAAGAAUUAUCAUAUGGGAUUUAAAGAGGUUCAUAAAGAUAUAGAAGGAGAAUUCCCAGAGAUCAUAUUCUUAUAUAACUUGGUCCAAGGAGUCGUCAAUAAUCUGUAUGGAUUGAAUGUUGCCAAGCUUGCUGGUUUACCGACUGAUCUUAUAUCCAAUGCUUACAAGAUAAGUGAGCAACUAAAAAAUCGAGUUGAAGUGGAGAGUAUGGAAAAGUUUGCAACCCAAUUUAUUCGCAUUUUGCAGCAAUUACAAGAUGAAAGUUCCAAACAGAAUAUACUUGAACAGCUUGAACACUUAUUUACAUAUUUAUAGGGUUUCCAAACACACACACACACACACAAUAUAUAUAUAUUUAAAUA